ACUGCCAGUUCGUCCUUGUUGCGCCUGUUGAAGUGUGUAGCCUAUUAAUUUCGAACUUAUAUUUCGGCUAUACUUGAACUGCACCAUGAACAGUUUGUGGGGACCACCCGAGCUGUUACCUUUGGAAUGGUGUGGAUUACGCAGUCAAGAACCGGAGAACAUGUAAACGCUUAUGGAGUUUGGGAUUUAUUGUCAAAUAUGGGAAAGAUGACCGUCUUGUCUUUGUGCUUUCUCUUGUGCACGAAUCUACUGGAUUUAGCCGUUGGAUAUUUGACUGUUACCAUUGAGCCUCUACCACCUGUUGUUGUUGGUGAAACCGUGACACUGAAGUGCAACUUUAAAACGGAUGGGAGACUGCGAGAGAUUGUCUGGUAUCGGGUCACGGAAGGGGGUACCAUCAAGCAGAAGAUCUUCACGUAUGAUGCCAUGUUCAAUACCAACUACUCCCACAUGGAGGACUACAGGAGGAGAGAGGACUUGGUGUACCAGUCAACAGUACGACUUCCAGAAGUGCGGAUUUCGGACAAUGGGCCUUACGAAUGCCACGUGGGCAUCUAUGACAGGGCCACCAGGGAGAAGGUGGUGCUGGCUUCAGGGAAUGUCUUUCUCACUGUCAUGUCGCCCCCAAACAACAUCUCGGUGGUUGCGGAGCCCCCUUCAGCCCCCUUCAGCCGCUACCAGGCUCAGAACUUCACGUUGGUGUGCACGGCCAAGGGAGGCAAGCCCGCGCCCACGGUAUACUUUAAGCGGGACGGGGAGCUGAUCGAGGUGAUCUCGUACACCAUCCCCGGCGAGGAAGGGGGCGGCUCGGCGGCCGUGCGCGGCUCCAGGCCCCUGAUCGGCAGGGACAUGGACGACACCAAGAUGCAGAAGUCCCUCUCGCUGCUGGGGCCCGACGGCCGGCCGGGACGCCUCUACACAGAGACCCCGGGCGCCGGGGGGAGCAGCUACUCGCAGGGGGACGGGCCCAGCCCGGCCACGGAGGUGAUCCCCGAGACGGUGGUGAGCCGGGAGUUCCCGCGCUGGGUGCAGAGCACGGACCCGCUCUACUACUUCAGCAACACGCACGUGCCGCAGAGCGACGGCUCCGUGACGGUGUACGCCAGGCUGACCUGGACGCUCAACCCGCAGGUGGACAACGACGCGCUGUUCAGCUGCGAGGUCAAGCACCCGGCGCUCUCCAUGCCUAUGCAGACCGAGGUCAUACUGGCGGCCCCCAAGGGCCCCAAGCUGCUGAUGACCCCCACCAGAGCGAAGGUAGGCGACACGGUGCGCAUCGCUGUGCAAGGAUUCCAGGUAGGAGCUCCGGUGAAUGAGGUGUUUCCGGAGCCCAUAUUCACCUGGACGCGCGUGGGGGGCCGCCUGCUAGACGGCAGCUCCGAGCGGGACGGCAAGGAGCUGAUCCUGGAGCGGGUGCCCGCCGAACUCAACGGAUCCAUGUACCGCUGCACGGCCCAGAACCCCCUGGGCUCCACCGACACGCACACGCGCCUCAUCGUGUUCGAAAAUCCCAACAUGCAACAAGGUGAUAACAUCAAUGCGGCGCCCCGACUAGGAGUGAUUGGACUGACAUGGAUAAUCCUCAGCAUCACAGUGACUGUGGAAAUGACGUGAACCCACCAACAUAUCCUCACAAAUACACACACAUACACACACAGGCACAGAUCAUA